AUGCCGCGAUGCGGGCCUUUCCUUCAAGUCAGCGUCGAGAAAUGGAAAUCACGGUCGCGCGUACGCAUGCAGAAUCACAAGCUUACUUCACAGGGACUGAGAUACUUCGACGUGCCAAUAUGGACGCCGACCUUCCCUGCACCCCGUUCUGACUAUUCUUUACCUUGUUUCGUCACGCAGCGCGUAUUCGAAGCACUCCACCUUCACGCAGUCUUCAUACCCCAUGAUUACGUCUACAAGCAAGAUUCGCAUUUCGACCUAGGCGAGGAAAUCCUCGUACCCGAACACAUGCGCUCUUUCCUUGGCAAACUUGAAGCCGAGUGCAGGAGCGCCAGUAACCCAGGAAACAUCAGGCUAUUUGCGAAAGGGUUCAGUUUCGGGCCUGGAACUGGAAUUCGCAUAUCACUGAGUCUGAUUUGGAACUUGGAGAGAGAUUAUGGCGUGACGACUUGUGAUGUUGCAGUACCGGCAGUGUGGAAUCCUGGGACUCCGCCAUUCAUGAGUUUGGGUUGUGGGGCGUGGAAUACUUUAAGAAAAGGAGAUGAGGAUGAAGAGAGGGUGUGCAGAUGA